UUACUAAGUAAGGUCAUAUUCUUUAUCUUCUAUUGUCUAACUUCAAAAAAGAAUCUGAUGACCUUUAUAAAAUCUAUAUGAAGCUACUAGAAAAUCCUAAGCUAGAAGCAAUUAGUUCUGCUCUCUCAGGAGAAGUUGGUGAUUGCAAUGUAUCAAGCAGGAUUGAAAGCUAUUCCUGUAAAAUGAUCAGUAAUGAUAAAAAACUAUAUAAACAUAUGAAUCAAGAAUGUGGCUUGGGUCCAAAUGAUUUACAAGCAUUAGCUCCUCCUCAAAGUAUCCUAUCUGUUAGUCCAAAGAUCAAUAUUUAUGAAAAUGAAGAAGAAUAUAUAGAUGAAAAUCAUAUUAGUGAAUUAUGCCCAGCAAUUAGUAGAAAAAUUUUAUUUUCACUUAUUUCAACACUCAAUGCAUCCUUUCAUCCUGAUUAUGAUUUUAGUAAUGCACAUAGUGAAGAAUUUAGUAGAGAACCAAAUUUAGAAGCUGUGAUGAAUACUAUAGACCUGAAUCUUUUCAGUAUAAUGGGUAGGAAGUACGAAAACUUUUUAAAAGGACAAGUUUGGACUUGCAUAGAUCAACAAAUAUUUUUAAAAGAAUGUGUUAUAUACAGUUACAACCCCGAUUUAGCUAGUGACCCCUUUGGUGAAGAUGGCAUAUUAUGGUCUUUUAACUACUUUUUUCAUAAUCCAAAGCUUAAAAGAAUACUAUUCUUUACUUGUAGAGCCAGCAGUAACUCAAUGCUAUCGCAGAACUCAUCAAUGUUAGAUGAUGAAAUACGCAUGUUCCAAUGAAUUUAAAUUCACAUUAUCAUACUAUUCUCAUAUCAGGUCAAUAUAAAUGUGUAUUUUUUUUAAAAAAAAAUUAUCAAUAUUUGAUGUAAAAAAUUUUUUUAAAUUUAUGUUUUUAAAAAAUAUUAUUUUUAAAAUAUACUUUUAUUAUAUUUAAUAUAUUUCUAAUCUAAAUUAAUGUUAAUAUUUUUUUUCAUACAAAAAUUUUCAUUUUAUUUAUAUUUAUUUAAAUAAUAUAUAUUAUUGAAUUGUUCUUAAAUUAGUAUAUCUAUAAUAUAUAAUUAUCUUUGAUUAAAAAUAUUUAUGUUUAUUAUUCUUUUUCAACAGUAUUUGCACACUAAGAUCACAUUGAUAUAAAUAUUCUUGAUAUGUACACCAAUAUAUUUUUUUGUCAAUUCAAUACCCUUAUUUAUUAUUUUUAUAUUAUUAUAAUUUGAAUUUAUGAAUAAUAAUGUUAAUAAGAAAUUUUUAAAAAAAUUAAGAUUUUAUUAUUGUCUACUAUAUUAGAUAUUUAUAUUAAUAUAUAUUUUUUGAAAAUUGUCAACACCAACUAUAACCACACGAGAUACUUGGGAGGAAAAUAUUCAUAUUCAUAUUUUUAAUUUAAAUUUAAAAUUUUUUUUUCAUCACGCAGAUAUGAUCUCAUCUCACAAUUAUUAACAACCCUUUUUUUAAAAGAAAAUAAAUUGUAUUUUGUA